UACUUCCAUUGGGAAUUGAUAUUACCGGCAGACAAAAGAUGAUAUGGAUUUAAACUGAAAAUAUUUGGAUUAUUAAAAAAUAUUUUAGUUAUUAAUACUGCUUUUUUAUUUGAAAUUAAAGUGCCAUUAUAGGGAGCUUAAAAUAAAAAGGAUUACACUGGAAAGUUUUGAUUUGAAAUUACAUUGCCAUUAUCAGGAGCUUAAAGUAAUAAUGAUUACACUGGAAAGGGCAAGGCGGUUUUAGCUUUAGAUGUGCCCUGGUCUCUACGUCUGUCAAUCCGAAUUUGUGACGUAAAGUAUUUGGCAUAAAGUCAUCAAACCUCACAGGAUUGUAUUCAGCAUGUAAAGUUGUACACCUAGUGUCUUAAUUGGGAUCUCACACAGCCAGCCCAGAGGUAAGAUUAAACCUGCAGAGCUGGAGACGGGACGAAGAUUGCAUUAAAUAUCCGCAUGUUGACGUAACCAUGACAAUAAUCAAAAUGCUCUUAUUUGUGACGUGCAUUAUAAUGCUCAACGCCCCUUUAUUCCAUUGCCACACCAUUAAUGACACAAACAGACUGCUUAAAGACAAACUAACUGAUUAUAAUAAAAGCACCAGACCCACUUACAAUCAGUCAACACCAACGGCUGUGACCUUUGGCUUUGAAAUGGUUUACAUUCAAGAGUUCGAUGAAGUUCAACAGAAACUCUCAAUUAUGGCGCUUCCAGGCUUAAACUGGACUGAUGAGUCAAUGAUGUGGAAUCCGGCGGAUUAUGGUGGUCUGUUUUCACUUGUUACGGAAAGUGGUCCUUUCUGGACACCAAAUCUUGUUUUGAGUAAUAGUAUCGGGGAAUGGAAACGUAUAGGCGCUGACUGGCAGACGAUUCGUUUCUUUCUAAACGGAGCGGCCUAUUAUAACCCAGGGGAGAUAUAUUCAAGCGCCUGUACUGUGGAUGUAACAUAUUACCCCUGGGACAUACACAAUUGUCUUUUGAUUUUUUCCCCUCAAGGCUUUUCUCCAAGUGAAGUGUAUUUAACACUCAGUGGAAACAAAGUUUCAACGACGUAUUAUAUAGAAAAUGGAGGAUGGGCGUUUGUUGAUUCGAGGAUUCAACCAAAUUAUUCCACUUACUAUACGGAUAUCUAUAUUGAACUUAUCUUUGAAAGAAAGCCUAGAUACGUUAUUGUUAAUGUAAUUAUGCCAAUUAUAUUUAUGGCGUUUCUAAGCAACGUGGUUUUUCUUAUUCCUGCAGAUUGUGGUGAAAGAAUUUCCUACAGUAUAACUGUGUUGCUGGCAAUUGCAGUGUAUCUCACGCUUGUUGGAGACAACCUUCCGAAAACCUCAAAUCCAAUGUCUUACUUCAGUUAUUAUCUACUAGCGUUGUUAGUAACAAGCAUUUGUAUCGCCAUGGCAACAGUUGUCAAUCUACGAAUUUACCAUUGUGACGAGACAGAUCCAGUGACAGACUGUUGGGUUAAGAUUGCUACAUGUUUCAAAUGUUUAAAAAGAAAAAGAAAAGCAAAAUAUAAAAAGUCAUAUCAGAACGGAUAUGUUACCCAAAGAAUACGUGAAAAUGUUCAGAAGCCGGUCUCUUAUUUGCAUGUUCCAAAAGUGCGCGUGCCGCUACAAAUCGGACAACAUUCGGACAUGUCCGACGUACAGGAAAUGGCUACCUUUGAUGAUAGUUCGAAUAGUGAUAAAAACAUCUCCUGGAAAGAUGUUAGUGUAGCUCUAGACAAAAUCUUUUUCGGGAUUUUCUUUAUAAUACUUACUGUUGCAACAGUUGUGUACGCGGUUAUAAUUUCUACAUGUGAGCGGGCAAAAUUAUCCGAAUGAUCACAAAGCAAACGUGCAUUUCUUGCUUGUCUACCAGAUCAUUGCUUUUCUGCAUGCUUUAAAUUGUUAGUAAGAAUGUAAAUAAUAUUUUACAAUUGAAAAACAAUUAGAAAGCAUUGGUAAACUGUACUGUUUGAUGCACGUUUUCUGUAACAAAAUUUCCCUACACAUCUCUAUUGAUGUCAGAUAAUAUCAUUCAUAAACGAACUCUAGAGGUAGUAAAAGACAAGGGUGACUAAAAGAGACAUUAAUAAGUUCUUCUUUCUUUGUGAAUGAAUUGUUGUUUUCAUGAACGAGAACACUUGACAAAUACUCUUGUGGUCUUAAAACUGGCAUUAUUAAAGGUAUCUUUCUGCCAGCAAAUUGUACAAUAUCGACAGUCCAACAUUCUGCUUAUUGUCUAUUAUCAAAUCCUGAUGAAUGGUCAUGUUGAGCCUUUAGGUGUAAAACCACAUGCCUCGUUGUAUGGUGCGUAGAUUAGGAAAGUUACCAGCUUUAACACACAAGUUUAUUUACAAGAUGAUCUAUAUACUAAGAUUAGAUCCAGGUAUAAAUACUCCAGGUUCUUAACAGUUUUUGUCAGAGUUGGGUCGAGUACCGAGUUUUAAUAGUCGAGAAAUAGCCGAGUACUGGACAAUUUUGUACUUACUCGCGUGGGUACUAAGUACUAAAUUUGCUAAAAUACUCGAGUAUUACUUGAGUAUUACUCUUGUAAUUUAUGAGUACCGCAGUUUAGAUGAUUUCAUAUACUGUACAAAAAUAGUCACAAACAUAAUAUUAUACAACUUCUUUGCACUGUUCUACAUAUUUUACUCUUAAAUUAUAGCAGUUGCUCAAUUUCUUCUGAUAAAUAUUAUCAACAAACCAUUACAAUUAAAAUAAAUAGUUUCUUCAAUGAUA